AUGAUAGCAUUGACUGGAUUGAGCAGCGCGAUGUUCAGCGUCUCGCUUGUAAUGCUAUGCCUCUCGCUCAAGACAGUCGGCCUGCGAUGUUUCGUCCGUAUCAAAAUGAUACGUGCAAUCGGCUGGGAUGAUGGCCUGAUGCUCCUUGCAAUGGCACUGUUUACAGUGGUUUGUGUAGUGUCAAUGGUCGGUUCGUUUUACGGCAUUGGCCGGACAUCCACAGGCAUGCCCCCUGAGAAUGUUGAGACAGCGUUGUUGUGCUUCUUCCUCAGCGAAGUAUUUUACAUAUUAACCUGUACAGCUGGAAGGGUAUCGAUUUGUAUUGCGCUACUUCGAAUAACUAUCGAAAAGAUUCACAAAGUCAUUUUAUACCUACUGAUAGCAGUGACCACUGUUGCGGGGCUUGUGACCUGGCUUGUCAUUCUGCUGCAAUGUCAUCCAGUCUCUCAAUUUUGGCACCCCGAAAAUAAUGGCCGCUGCAAGGAUAUUGAAAUUAUCAUUGCUAUUGGGUAUACAUAUACCGGCUUCGCUAUUGUGUGUGACUUCACUAUUGGCCUUCUACCGAUCGCCAUUAUCUGGAAGUUGCAGAGAAGCUGUCGGACUAGGUUUGGAUUAGCAUUUACCUUGGGUCUAGGCUGGAUAGCAUGCUGUGCUCUCGUGGUUCGCCUCCCGUUUCUCCCGCGAUUCCGCAACUCGGACACUUUGGGUGGAACUACACAGAUAAUGCUGUUGUCUAUCAUCGAAGAUGGCCUUGGUAUAAUAGCCGGAAGCCUAGUGACUCUUCGACCGCUAUUCCGCUCCUUGCUACCUGGAGGAACUAGGGGAACAUGCGCCAACACAAUCUUACAGCACAUUCCUUUUUCAAAAUCUGCUAGAAACCCAGAUGUACAGCCUCCUUGGUCUCAUAUCGAGAUUAACUCGAACAACUCCGCCACUGCUGUGCUGGAAGGAGGUCUCAGACAUGGCGAUAGCAUGUCGGAGUCAACAUCUCAGCGCACCGAAGUGGAACCUUGGAAAUGAGCAGAAACCCUCGGUGUUUCUCACAAUCGAUGGUCACUUAGUCUCUGGUAGAUGCUUUCGAUCGAUACGAAGGGGGAGCAAUGUCUCGGUUCUAGUUUGCUUUAGCGGUCCCGGAAUUGAAGGCCCACGAUUUUUCCUCAAACCCAGCCGAUCAAUCCUUGACCCGAAGCUCGGAUCCCAAACCAUAUAUCCGCAUGUCUUUUGCGCGCUUAG